GCUCUGUUUCCGCCGCCGCCACGGAGGUGACGUCCCGGCCAUGUUUACAGCGCCUGGGUGCUAGUUGGGUGCUGGCUGGGUGGUAUUUGGGUGUUACUUGGGUGACAGGCGGCUCAGUAAAGCGGCUUCUCCCUCGAUAAGAACCCGUUCCUCGGCGCGGAUGGCGGACCCCGCAGUGUCCUCGGGAGGAGCGCUGCAGGCAGGCGCGCGUGGCGGGGCUAAAGCAGCGUCCAGCCCUGCAGAGAACUACCAGCUGGCCCGCCGGCGCACCCUGCAGGUGGUGGUGAGCGCCCUGCUGACCGAGAGCGGCUUCGACAGCGCAGAGAAGGCGGCGGUGGAGACGCUCACCGAGAUGAUGCAGAGCUAUAUAAGUGAAAUAGGUCGCUGUGCUAAGUCCUACUGUGAGCACACGGCCAGGAGCAUCCCCACCCUGUCAGAUACCGUGGUGACUCUCAUUGAAAUGGGUUUCAGUGUGGACACCCUGCCUGUUUACGCCAAGCGAUCACAGAGGAUGGUCAUCACGGCCCCUCCCGUGACGAAUGCUCCUGUGACACCGAAGUCCCUGUCAGCCGGACAGAAACGCACACAUCCAUCUCACAUCCCCGGUCACUUCCCAGAGUUCCCAGAUCCUCACACUUACAUCAAAACUCCUACGUUCCGAGAGCCUGUGUCGGACUACCAGGUGGUGAGAGAGAAAGCAGCGACCCAGAGGAGAGACGUGGAACGAGCACUCACACGAUUCAUGGCCAAGACCGGGGAGACUCAGAGCCUUUUCAAAGACGACAUUACCACUUUCCCACUGAUUGCAGCCCAACCCAGCGCCAUCCCGUACCUGAACGCCCUGCUGCCCUCAGAGCUGGAGCUGCAGACGCUGGAGGAGACGGACUCGUCGGAGCAGGACGACCAGACCGACAGUGAGAACGCUACCGGAAAUAUCACUGACGAUCCCGGUGCUGACAAAGAGAACUCCAUCCUUCCUCCCAGCGGGGGCGUCCCGUCAGCCAAGGUCAGCGAGGACAACGUCAUCGACAACCCGUACCUGCGGCCCGUCAAGAAGCCCAAAGUCCGGAGGAAGAAGUGAGCCGGACCGGCCCGGAUCACCAGACUGUUCCGUGUGGGUGUUUGGUUAUCGGUCCGCUCAGAGAGGAACGGGUCACCAUCGUCUGCAGCAGCUGCUCUUUCUUUAGUGGGACCAGUACUGUUGUUCACGCUGAUACGCUAACUGACGUCUGGGGAAGACGUCUGCUUUUCUUUUCACUUUUUCAGCAAGCACUCACUCUGUAUAUAUUUGUCAAGCCUUUUUUUGAGCAACUUUAUUAUGUAACAUGCAGACUUUACAUAAAUCCAGUCAUUUUGUGAAGAAAGAGAUGCUCCUUUUUUACAUUUUGACAUAACCAACUGUUAUUGACAGCAGUUUUGCCAAGUAAAUUAAA